UUUCUCUUCCCGGGGUUGGUAGUCGCCUCCUCCGUCCACAAUCGGCAUCCCCGUCGCCGGCGAGCACCACCAUGCGGCCUUCCUGCCGCGUACUCGCGGCGGCGACCCGCCACCUCCUCCGAGGCUCGCGCUUUGACCCCCUGCCUGCCACCGCCGCCGCUCCCGUGUUCCGGCAUCUCGACGAAGCGAAUGGGCCACCCCAUCCCGUGCUGAAGCCUCUCCGUAGCCCUCUCGUCGGAGGCGGCUGCGGCUCCGAGCAAAAUGGUAGGGUUUUCCCCGGGGAAUAUGCCCCCCUUGGUCUCCGCGGCUGCUUCCUGUCAGACUCCGCCUACCAGCCGCGCUGGACGUGUCCUCCCCGCGACGUGAGAUGGCAUGCAUUCUCCACAUCCGCCAAUGCUAUGGCAGCUGUAAAGUCAUCUGAAGACAAGGUGCAGAAAGAUGUCUCGAAAAAGGACGUUGAUGAUCAGAUAGCAGAUACGCAGAUACUGAAAAACCUUGGGAAGUACUUAUUGUUGAAUGAUAGCCCAGAUUUCCGCUUCAGGCUUGUGUUGUCGUUGGGACUCUUAGUUGGUGCGAAGGUUAUAAAUGUUCAAGUACCUUUCUUGUUUAAGCUUGCUGUCGAUUGGCUUGCAGCCCUUGCUGGUGCUGAAACUUCACUUGCAUCAUUCACAGAUGCUAAUGUCACCCUAUUGGCUCUCUUUGCAAGCCCGGCAGCUGUUUUGAUUGGAUAUGGAAUUGCACGAUCAGGAGUAUCGGCCUGUACAGAAUUGCGAAAUGCCGUCUUCUCUAAAGUGACACUGACAGCCAUCCGUUCAGUCUCUAGAAUGGUAUUUCUUCACUUGCAUGAGCUUGAUCUUCGUUAUCAUCUCUGCCGGCAAACUGGUGCCCUAAAUCGCAUAAUCGAUCGAGGCAGCCGUGCGAUAAAUUACAUCCUUACAGUGAUGGUGUUCAAUGUUGUUCCCACGAUACUAGAGAUUGGUAUGGUGUCAAGUAUACUUGCGUACAAAUUUGGUUCUAGUUUUGCUUGGAUUACUUCAGUUUCAGUUGCUGCUUAUGUUGCUUUCACUUUGGCUGUGACACAGUGGCGAACCAAGUUUAGGACAGCCAUGAAUAAAGCUGAAAAUGCUUCUAGCACAGUGGCAGUUGACUCCCUUCUGAAUUAUGAGACUGUCAAGUACUUCAACAACGAUCAAUUUGAAGUUGAGAAGUAUGACAAAUAUUUGAAGAAGUAUGAGGAUGCUGCACUGAAAACCCAAAGUAGCCUUGCGUACCUGAACUUUGGACAAAAUAUCAUAUUUAGUGCGGCUUUAUCCACAGCAAUGGUUUUGAGCUCAUAUGGUGUAAUGAGUGGUGCUCUGACCGUUGGUGAUUUGGUCAUGGUUAAUGGCCUUCUGUUCCAACUUUCUUUGCCUCUGAACUUCCUUGGAAGUGUCUACCGAGAAUCUAGGCAAAGCUUGAUUGACAUGAAGUCUAUGUUUCAAUUGCUUGAGGAAAAACCUGGAAUAAAGGAUGAGCCACAUGCACAGCCUUUGCAGUUCAAGGGAGGACGCAUUGAAUUUGAGAAUGUUCAUUUUGGGUAUGUGCCAGAAAGGAAGAUUCUUGAUGGUGCCUCAUUCACUGUACCUGCAGGAAGAAGUGCUGCAAUCGUUGGAACUAGUGGCAGUGGAAAGUCAACCAUACUCAGGCUUCUUUUCAGAUUUUUUGACUCUUCUUCAGGAUCUAUUCGAAUAGAUGGGCAAGAUAUCAAAGAAGUGACGUUGGAGAGUCUCCGGAAGUGUCUUGGUGUUGUACCACAAGACACGGUACUUUUUAAUGAUACAAUUAAGCAUAAUGUGCAAUACGGGCGGUUAUCAGCAAAAGAUGAGGAGGUAUAUGAUGCUGCCCGGCGGGCUGCUGUCCAUGAUACAAUUAUGAACUUUCCUGAAAAGUACAACACAGUUGUAGGAGAGCGAGGAUUAAAGUUAAGCGGUGGGGAGAAACAACGAGUGUCAAUUGCUCGUGUAUUCUUGAAGGAACCUUCCAUUCUAUUAUGUGAUGAAGCUACAAGUGCACUUGAUAGCACUACAGAAGCGUCAAUUUUGAAUUCUCUGAAGACCUUUUCUGUUAAAUGUACCUCUAUCUUUAUUGCUCAUCGACUCACAACUGCAAUGCAAUGCGACGAGAUCAUCGUUUUGGAGAAUGGGAAGGUAGUAGAACAAGGACCACAUGAUUUUCUUCUGUCAAAGGGUGGGCGAUAUUCAGAAUUGUGGUCACAGCAGAAUAACAGUGACGCCACAGAUGCUGCUUCGGUUAAACUAUAGUUUUCAUAAACUAUACAUUUUGCCUUUAUGCAAGGGAAAAUGUAACCAAAUGAAAGAAGGUUUUCUUUACCUGCCUUUAAAUUGAGUGUUUAGGCAUUUAGAUAUUGGUUGGGGAACAUAAAUUUACAGGAGGAAAAGAACUUGUUUCAAAGAGAGCCAGGAGGCAAAAUUUUCCACGUUAGGAAUUAUCUAACAGCCCACCAUGUUUCCAUGUUGAUAUAAACAUUCUUAUUUACUAGUAUAUAGAAUAAUCCCUGUAAAUAUUUUGUUUCCACUAAAAGUCUUAUGACUGUCGCAGGUUGCACAAUAUGUACCCCUUUCAUGUAUAGUGCAUACCGUCAUGCUCCCAUGAUCUGAUCAAGGACUGUGGUAGGUGAUAUAAUUUUUUCCUACUUUUGGUAUUGAGUGAUCACAAAUACUGCUCCUUUGUGCAUGUUUGUUUUGUAAAGUUGUAUGUGUAAUUUGAAAGGGAUCAAAACAUGUUUUAUGUAAAUAUUUUGGUUGUCUCACUGUUAAGAAGGUAAGAAUGGAUGCU